CUCACCACCCAAAAACCGCCAUGCCAGCCAAUAUUAUAGUGUUGUGUUGGUUGUGGGGUCAGGUACUGUAGAAAAUGAGUGAAAAUGGUUGCAUUCAUCUUGACAAUUUUAAAUCAAAACAUGGCUUACAAUCGUACAUUACUAUUUAUUCAUAUUUUGUUGCAAGCACUACAUCUGAAGCACGGAAGAUAAAGGCAAAAUGCUGUUUCUGCUAUGUAUGCAAAGCAUUUGAAACACGACUGCACUCCUGUUUGACAUGCAUAUUUUUCGGAUGUCACAAAAAGAACCAUAUACAAGAGCAUGCAAAAAUGGAAAAACAUUAUUUAGCGAUAGAGCUGAUGUUCGGCAACGUGUUGUGUGUGGCGUGUGGCGACUACGUGUACGACAGCGAGAUGACGCGUGUGGCUGACGAGCGCCACCUCAAAGCCAUGACGUUGGCCGGCCUGAGGUCGACUCCAUUCCGACACUGGUGGCCCUCCCCGCAUGAUGUGCACCUCCUCAAGCAGAACCCCUGUCGGCGAAUGCUGCUCAACAACACCACCAUCGGUUUGCGAGGCCUGGUGAAUCUGGGCAAUUCGUGCUACGUGAACAGCAUAGUGCAGGUGUUGACUCACAUUCCGCCACUAAGAGACUAUUUCCUGUCGGAGCGGCACACCUGCCGGCUCAACGAAACGCCCGAGACCUGUUUCGUCUGCGAAAUAUCGCGCAUCUUUCAAGAGUUCUACUCGGGCAACAAGUCGCCGCUCAUCCUGAAGCACUUGCUCGUGCUGGUUUGGGCGAACAUCAAGCACAUGGCGUGCAACAAACAGCAAGACGCGCACGAGUUUCUCAUGAUCAUGCUCAACUAUCUUCACGAGCAGAGUGCGCCACUCAACCCCAGUCCGCCCCCUGCUUCCUCCUCACCUCCUCCUGGUGCCGAGCGGGAGGAGAGAGGAGAGGAGAGUAGGCCCAGUGAGCCGCAGCAGCAGCAGCUAAAUACUAGCAACUCGUGUUCGUGUAUCAUUGAUCUCAUUUUCACCGGCAAAUUGCAGUCGGACAUCACCUGUCAUGUGUGCAAUGGUGUGUCGACAACAAUCGACCCGUUCUGGGACAUUUCGCUGGAGCUGGACAACACAGGCCGUGGUGGGGGGGAGAUGACGUCAUCACAGCAGCUGAGUGACACAGCAGUGUCACAGCAGAGCCAAAGCAGCAGCAGCAGCAGCAGUAGUGGCAGUGCGACUGCAGCGCAUGCGCUCAAGUCUGAUGGUGAUGGGACAGGGUCGGGGAGUGUGUCACUGGACGAGUGCUUGGAACAGUUCACCCGGGCCGAACACUUGGGCAGCAUCAGGUGCAACAACUGCGACGCAGACCAGCAACAGACCAAACAGCUGACUGUGCAGAAACUCCCGGUUGUCGUUUGCUUCCAUCUCAAGCGUUUCGAAGCGAUUUGCACUAACGUAUUCGCCAAGAUCUCCAAGAUCAUCACGUUUCCCCUGGAGCUGGAUAUGUCUCCGUUCAUGUCGCAUCGGCGUAAUUCAAACCAAAACCAUUCUUCCCCCUCCACCUCCUCCUCCUCCUCCGCCUCCUCCUACACCAACUACUGCACGCAGAUACUCGAGGAUAACAGGUAUUCUCACCAUCACUCAUCAUUUGCUUGUUUAUGAUAAUAAUGAUUUAUUUAUUUAGCGUAUGGCAGAUACGCAACUCAUAUAAAAAUUCAAAAUUCAAAAUGUUUCAUUGCCGUGAACAAAUAGAUGUAUUGACAAAGUC